CCCUCUGUUCUUGGCUGUGGCUGGAUGGAAAUACCAGCCAUUCUUUGAUCACAAAACAAUCAGUUUCAGUAAUCAAGGGCAGUGAGCGUGAGACUCGUCCUGAUACACACUCUGAUCAUCUCCUAACCAGCUCAGAGAUUGUUCAGGACUAGCUCACAAUGGCCUCUGCCGUCCUCCGCAGCUCCUUCCUCGCAGCUCCUGUUGCCGCGGGCCUCCCGAAGCUCGAGGCAGCUCCGGCCAGGAGAAACCUUACCGUCCGCGCUGGGACCAAGAUCUUGAGAAAUGUCAAGGUCGUUGAGCUCUUCGGCGAGGACAAGAAAGGCAGCAUCCGCGGCAAGGUCGUAGGCACGGACCCAGAAAUCCGCCUCCUUUCACGCGUGGAGGACCUCCGGUUGCUCUCUAAGGCCGAGCAAGCAGGGCUCCUCUCACUGGCCGAGUCCUUCGGCCUCUCCUUGACAGCCAUUGAGGAGCUCGGCCUCCUGUCCAAGGCUGAGGAGUUCGGAAUCCUUUCAGCUGCCACUGACCGGUCCACGCCUGGGACACUUCAAGCCAUCGCCUUCAUUCUGCUGCUUUCUGGCCCGGCAUUCGCUUACUUGGUGCCUGAUGACAGCACCGGCUUGAUUGUCGCUCAGGUUGUGGUUUCUCUGUUGUGUGCUUUUGGUGGCGCUGCUGCUUUUGGUGCUGGCCAGCUUCUUGCCUCUCUGCAGAAGAAGUAAAGGGGCAGGUUUCUCUGUAAAAAUAUUACCUGUUAACACAGAAAUUUAGUUACGAAGUGCCCUGCAAACAGGGAGAUUCUGGCGGCGACUGCAGGGGCUACAUUGGGGUGUAUGCCCACGAGGUUGGAAGCUAACUUCACGUUCUACAGUAUUACAAUGGGGAUCAGUCUGGGGCGUAGGUCUGGAUUUUUUUACAACUGGCAAAUUUUGGUAUCCAGGCCAGAGUUAUAUGUUAGCAUCCGGGUUCAAUAAACCCAUCAAAUCUAG